AUGAAGUACAAAAAUUACAGGGAACAGUUUCUUGGACUCAUCAAGCCAAUAAGCAAGAAUUCCAUAAAACGAAUUAUAAAUCAAAGAGAUAACAAUGCUAACAAUGCAUUCAUAACAGUAUGUUUAAAUGGUUAUGAUGACAUUGCUCUGUACUUUAUUUCCAUGGGCGCUGAUAUUCUUGGAAAAGAUACACGUUUGUCUCCAAUGACAGCUGCAUGUGGAUCUGGAAAUGUUUCUACGGUUGACUUAUUGAUUAAAAAAGGUGCCAACUUAAAUAAAGCAGAUAAAAACGGGAAUACACCUUUAUAUGCUGCUUGCACAGGUGGGCAUGCAAGCAUAGUUAAAACGCUUGUUGAGCAAGGUUCAGGUGUCAAUCAUAUUACUAAGUUUGGAAAUACUCCCCUUUUCGCUGCAAGUUGGGGAGGAUUUGAGUCGAUAGUAAUCAUACUUGUCAACAAAGGUGCAUCAGUGAAUAAAACAUUUCAAAAUGGAGAGUCGCCAUUAUUAGCUGCAUGCCAGAGAGGACAUGAAAAUAUUGUUCGGUUAUUGAUAGAACAUGGUGCCACAAUUGAUUAUGCUACAAAAUCUGGAAACACGUCCCUGAACGUUGCGUGUAACGGUGGAUUUGAGUCUAUAGUCCAACUACUCUUAAGCAAGAAAGCAUCAAUCAAUACAACAAACGAAAAUAGCGGAUCACCGUUGUACGUGUCUUGUCUUAGGGGAUACGAGAAUAUUGUACAGUUACUGCUAGAAAAAGGGGGCAAGGCUAAUUAUUCUGAAAACAACUAUGUUCCUUUGCAUGCUGCUUGUUUUAUAGGAGAUUACGAAAUAGCAAAGUUACUGAUAGAAAAACAGUCCGACGUUAACACCCAAAAGGGCGAUGGUCAGACACCUCUGCAUGCUGCAGUAAAGUGUCAGAAUGAGAAAUUAGUCAAUUUAUUAGUAUGCAAUGGCGCAAUUAUUAAUAGUACAUAUGGUUGUGGCUUUUCAGCUUUAUACGAUGCAUCCAUUGUAGGUAAUUUCCAAGCUGUGAAAAUUUUGGUAGAAAAAGGAGCAGUUAUAAACGUAGCUUCGGAUUCUGGUGAAACUGCAUUGUUUGUUGCUUGUCGCGAGGGUCAUCAUGAAAUAUCGGAAUUUUUAAUCGAAAAGGGGGCUGAUUUAAAUAAAAGUAAUUGUUAUUGUGAUACUCCUUUGCAUGUUGCAAGCGUUGGACGAUAUGAAAAAAUUGUCGAGCUCUUGGUAAAUAAUAAUGCUGAUAUAAACAAAUCAAAUAACUAUAAUGAAACACCUUUUUAUAUUGCAUGUGAAAAGGGGUUCUUUGAAAUUUCUAAAAUCCUAAUGAACAAAGAAAUUAAUAUAGAUGAAACGACAAAAUAUGGUUGGAACCCGAUGUAUGCUGCGGCCUCAGCAGGCUAUACUGAAGUAGUUGAACUGUUGUUAGAGAACGGAGCAACUGUAAAUGAGUACAAUAAAUUCGGAUGGACCCCUUUGGUUGCUGCUUGCAGUGAAGGACAUACAGACACCGUUAUUCUGUUGGUUAGCAAGGGAGCUGAUAUUGAUAUAGGCAAUUCAAAAGGAGAGACACCUAUGCAUUUCGCCUGCUUAGGUGGAAACAGUUCCGUUUUUCAAUUUUUAUUAAAAAAAGGAACAGUUUUAGAUAGAUUUGAUGUGCAAGGAAAUUACCCCCUCCACAACGCAUGCUACAGUGGAGAUCCUGAAAUAGUCUCGCUAUUACUAGGAGAGAAUGUAGAUGUUAACUGUUAUAAUUUUACGAAAGACACACCUCUCCAUGUCGCAUGUGUCCGUGGACAUGAUGAAAUAGUUAAAAUAUUAAUGGAGAAACAUGCUAGUGUCAAAAAGGUUAAUAUAGAAGCUGAGACGCCUCUUUUUGUUGCAUGUAAAGGUGGUUAUCAUAAGAUUGUUCGGAUACUCCUCGAAGAAAAUUCCUUAGUUAACGUAGUGAAUAUAUUUGGAUGGACACCUCUAUAUGCAGCUUGCAAGGCAGGUCAUUAUGAAACUGUAAAACUAUUAUUGGAAAAGGGUGCCGAUUUAAAUAAAGCGAACUGUGAUGGACGCACACCUUUUGAUAUAGCAUUUAUUAACGAGCAUGACAAAAUAUUUGGAUUAUUGCAGGAUGAGGGAGCAGACAUGUUUGACUGGCCUGAUUAG